GAGCCUCUGUUUUCCAUGUCAGCAUGGUCAACAUCAACCUCCCAAAUUUUGAGUUUUUCCCGCCCCAAGCCCAAACCGGACGCCACAACCUUCUACUAUAAAUAAUUCCAAACGCCGUAACAUCAUCAUCAACUCGUAAUCACUCAACGCAUCUAAUCUAAUCACAAGUUCUUUGCUUCCCAUUCUCGCAAUUCAGAUUCAGAUAUGGAAGAACCCGUCAUCGAACAGUCCUCCUCUGCUGCUGCUACUGCUUCCUCUGGGAACACUGCCAGACCCAGGCUUCAGAAGUAUGCGCUUCGCUCUGGCAAUAAAUCCAAGGAAGACAAGUCAGAUAAUACACCCAAUUUCUCCAAUCCUUGUGAAUCAAAGAGUUUUCUCUUCAGGGGCAGAAGUUUGGGUGCUUCAAGUGUUAGUAAAAGUGUGAGUGUUCUAGAUUUUUCUGGCAAGGAGAAGUCUGGUAGUGCCAAGCCACCCAGAAGGCUCUCAAUUCCUGCCAAAGCACCAGCCACUUCGAGACCGAAGCUGGGUGGCAACAUUACCCCAAUCUCCGAGACCAGAACUUUGAGGAGUGCUUUAGGUCAAGGCAGAAGCAAAACACCCAUUUCUGACAUUUCCAAGACAACGAAGUUAAAUCUUCUAACUUCGGCUUCAUAUUGGUUGAACCAGAUUAAGCUCUCUGAAACUGCUUCCAAGCACUCAAUUUCACUUGCCUUCUUCAAACUAGCUUUGGAGGCAGGAUGUGAGCCUCUCGGGCCAAUGCAAGAAGAGCUAAAAUCUUAUGUGAGAAGACAUCAACUUGACGAUGGCAUUGGUGAAACUGUGAAAUCAUUGUUUGAGAGGUAUGGCAUCUCAGAAAGCAUGGAGCAGUUGCAGUUGUCUGAAACUAUUUCACAUGUGCCCGAAGAGGGAACUCGGUCUUCUGAUGAUGAUGUCCAUAGCUCGUCUUCUACCACUGAGAGUAGAAAACUGAAACCCAGGAGCUUAAAUUCUACCAAACUCACACCUUCAACAGAGUCAACAAAGAAUCAAAAGAGUAAUCUUAGAUCCAGUUUGAGAGGGAAUUUCAGCACCAGCACCAACAACACAACUCCAAGGACUUCUCUAGACAAAAGGAAUAAUAGGUUGGUUAAAAAAUCUGAGAAGCCAAGCAAGCAAGAAUCAAACAAGGAAAAGGGCAUGGUAAAGAAGCAGGAAAAGAAAUCUGAUGUCAAAGAAGCCGCAGCUAGCGCACCAAAGAGCAACAAAGAAAAUAUGCAAACUCUAAGCACUGAAGAGAUCAGCGUGGCAGAAGUCGUGUAAACAAUCUGCAGUUUGCAUUUCUGAAUUUUUGUGAUUCUGAGUGGAGCGUGCUUUUGUAUAGGCUGCAUUUCUCUUCGCUUGGUCACUUGACAUAUUUUUGUGUUUGUGUCAUGUUACUAUUAUCAUACACUUGUUAAUCAAACCAUACUGCAUCGAAUGUUGUUGUUUGUGUCUAUAAAUGUUUCUACACUGUAUGUGAAUAGUGGAGAUUUAUUCCACAGAAACAGUAUUUUUCUUCUGUAUUAAUUAUUUUAAUCUUGCAAAUUCUUGUUGAAGUGAUUAUAUUUUCUGAUCCAUUUUGUGAAUUAAUGUCAAAUGUUAAAUGAUA